AUGUGGAGCUUGGGGGCCUGGUGCAUGCUGGGGCGAGUUCUGAGCCAAAGUGUCCAAAGCUCUCCCGACACGAGCUGCAUUUUGCAGUUCUCGGCAGCCCAUCAAAACCUCGAUUCGUCGGAUCCGGACUGCUCUUCCAGCGCUGACUGGACGGAGCAGUUCCGCGUGACGGCGCUAAAUUCCACGGUCGGCAGCCUUCCCGGUGCGUCGACAUUCUCAGGAGUCGAAGGUGAUACCAGCCUCAUGGCAUGGUCACCGUAUGGGGGAACGGUCCCUGGUGAUGUACUCGUUUUCGGGUACUCAGCAUCUGCAGGAUGGGAGGUACAGGCGAACCUCACGGAAGUGGCAAGUCAGAACGUAACGUUGCAGUUUUCAUGGGCGGAGCUCACGGCCCUAAGCAGCGAGAAGAUCGUCGUGGCCGCGGCGAACGUGGUGGAGAACCUGGAAUUUGUGAUGUCCACGCACACCUUCAAGUACGACGGGGCCUCCUGGGUUUUCUUGGGACAGCAUUCGUUUCCAUCCAUUCACAACCGCCUUUUGGCUCUUGGGGGAGACUUACUGGUCUUGUAUGUUAGACAACCAUCGGGCUUGGUCUUCCAGACCUUCCAGCUGCAAGGAUCCUCGUGGUCCCUCGUGCCCACUGCUGACAUACAUCUUGGCUCCUACAGUUUCAAGCUUGCGAGUGAUGGUAGGACUUUGGCCAUUCAGCGGAUGGAGCUGGACUCACCGGUGUUUGUCUACCGGUGGUCUGGGGACUCCUGGUCCAAUGUAGCAAACAUCUCAGAACCAACUGCAAUUGGUGUUGGUGUGGACGUGGACGGAGACUACAUCAUCGCCAGCUGGGUCAUCAUUGCAGACACCACGCGGUUGGAGACGGUGAUCUACGAAGACCAGGGCGGGCUGUGGUCAGAAGUCUUCCGGAUCGACAACGACCUGAGUGGAGUUCAAUUCAUGGUACGGGGGAUCUCCUCCUCUGGCAAGGCCAUCGUGGACUGUGCUUUUGCUGUGGGCUGCUCUGGUAUCACCAUCCUGGAGGUGAGUUCUAACGGUACAUGGGGGGUGACUCAGACGAUCGACUACGUUCAGGCAUCGUUUUCAGCGCGCGCUCCGAGCGGUGCCAUAUCAGCGAUCUCACUUGCCGUGGCCGAGUGGAUUGUGCCCGCAGGGCGCCGUGAGAGCGUCGGAAGGAUCUUUGGAUGCAAUGGGACUUCCUCGACCUCGACAACGACCAUGCCUUUGCCGUACUAUCGGCCGUACUAUGGUAGACGCUGCCCUCCUCGCUGUCGUCGACACUAUCAUCGACCGCCCCGGUUUUGGCGGAGAUGCAAACGCCUUUGUGGCAACUGGUAA